CUUCCUCCUCUUCCUCUUCCUCCUCGGACACACAGAGCAGAGCCAGCCGCCCUGAGAGCCUCACUUUGUGGAUCACCAACACCUCCACACGUCGUGGUUUGAGAGACAGACAAGGGCGUGUUCGAAUCCGCCUCCUCCUCCUCCUCCUUCCUUCUUCUUCUCCACCUCCUCCUCCUCCUCACUGGAUGCUAGCUCGGUAGCCUCUGCACGUCGCUGCGCCCCUAGUUUUAAAGUUGCGUCGUAGUCGUCGUGAGUUCCGCUCUUUUAUUUGUUUUAAAAAACCCGGUUUUAUUUAUUCGGAGGCCAGGGCAGGAGAAGAUGGGAUGUACGCUGAGCACGGACGACAAGGUGGCGCAGGAGAGGAGCAAGAUGAUCGACAGGAACCUGCGGGACGACGGAGAGAAGGCGGCUCGGGAGGUGAAGCUGCUGCUGCUCGGAGCUGGAGAGUCUGGGAAAAGCACAAUUGUUAAACAGAUGAAGAUUAUCCACGAAGCAGGUUACUCUGAGGAGGAGUGUAAGCAGUACAAGGCUGUGGUCUACAGCAACACCAUUCAGUCCAUUAUCGCCAUCAUCAGAGCUAUGGGACGCCUCAAGAUCGACUUCUCUGACUCCGCUAGAGCGGAUGAUGCACGGCAGCUGUUCGUCCUGGCAGGUUCAGCAGAAGAGGGCUUCAUGACAGGCGAGCUGGCUGGGGUCAUCCAGCGGCUGUGGAAGGACGGAGGAGUUCAGGCCUGUUUCGGCCGCUCCCGAGAGUACCAGCUCAACGACUCUGCAGCAUACUACCUAAAUGACCUGGACAGGAUAUCCCACGGUUCUUAUGUACCCACCCAACAGGAUGUGUUGCGGACCAGAGUCAAAACUACUGGUAUUGUAGAAACACACUUCACUUUCAAGGACCUGCACUUCAAAAUGUUUGAUGUAGGCGGUCAGAGAUCAGAGAGGAAGAAGUGGAUCCAUUGUUUCGAGGGAGUCACCGCCAUCAUCUUCUGUGUGGCCCUGAGUGACUAUGACCUGGUGCUGGCCGAGGACGAGGAGAUGAACCGAAUGCACGAAAGCAUGAAGCUGUUCGACUCCAUCUGCAACAACAAGUGGUUCACAGACACCUCCAUCAUCCUCUUCCUCAACAAGAAAGAUCUGUUUGAGGACAAGAUCAAAAAGAGCUCUCUCACAAUCUGCUACCCAGAAUAUGCAGGAUCCAACACAUACGAGGAGGCAGCAGCUUACAUCCAGUGCCAGUUCGAGGACCUGAACAAGAGGAAGGACACAAAGGAGAUCUACACUCACUUCACCUGCGCCACAGACACCAAGAACGUGCAGUUUGUGUUUGAUGCCGUCACUGACGUCAUCAUCAAGAACAACCUGAAGGACUGUGGCCUUUUCUAAAGGCAACCUGGUGGCCGACUUACCAAGUGACUUUAUUCAAGAGGAGUCAAACUGGAGGGACCUUUAUGGACCCUGCUGAGAAUGUCACUUUUAACCUCUUAUUAACUUAUGUUCAUCUCUAAAAGUUUUGAAGACGGUGUGUAGAAAAAAUGUUCUGUGUAAAAUAUUUGUACAACUGUCUAUGUCUGGGGAUUUUUCACAGUUUUUAAAAUGUGCUUGUUUGACCUUAUCAUUAUUUUUAAUUUUUAUAUAAAAAGGGGGGCCUUCACUUUUUUUUGGUCCACAAAUGAACACUUUGUCUUCUUUAUUUCUAGGCGCUUGUGCCUUGCAUGCCUUAGUUGCAGUGUUUUAUUUUUGUUGACUUUGAUUUUAGAUUUCUGUAGACGUUACCAUUCAACUCUUUGCAAGCCCCCUGGAGUCCAUAUUAUCCAUUUUUUGUCAUUAUUUCAUUGUUGCAUCAUCUUUUUUCUUUUUUCAUCCUUGUAAAAACCAAGCAAGACCAAGUCACUCUGUAGACCAAUUCACUCUGACUCUGACAUACUGUGAGAAAAGUGUGUAAAUCUCUCUGGAUGUGUGGAGAUUGCUUGUGUGCUGCGAGCGGGAGCUUUUUUUUUUUCGAUUGAGGCCCAAAGCCUGUGUGACUGAGUGGUUGCGUGUUUCAGUGAGUGCACAAUAUAAAACAAAGGGACUUUAUUCCUCUACUUGUCAUCCUCUUUCAAAGUUUUUUUAUUUUUCUAACUGGCCAAAUAGAAGCUACUCAAUCUAAUUAACGAGCGCACGUUGUUGGUGCGCCGCCACAAACUUAAACAUUCCUGAUUGAAUCACGACGUAAAGAGAAGCUUUGAAAAGAGGAUGCCAAUGGCGGCCUUGUAGCAGACAGUAGGACCAUAUGUAGAGUUUAGUGCAUAGACGGACCGACAGACAGGUGGCUGGGUACAAGUGCUCUGUUUAUGACUAUGAGCUGUGGUGGUUUCGCGUUACA